UCGUAUAUUUAAUAGAAGGCGGAGUCCGGCGCUCAGGACAGAAAAAAAUAGACGGAGGCACGGUGGCGUGAGGAGGAACACGGACGCUCGCGGAAGACACGCGUUUCUACCUGCGUAUCAGAAGAAUUACAGCUGCUUGUUCAGGUGAGCUGCCUGUGUGUCGCUCACGAUGUUUGUGGCGUUGCAGCUGUGUGUGCUGGUGGCAGUUUGUUCUCUGAGCGCUUCGGUGUCUCCGUCCUCGUCUUACGGAGAGCGAGGCUCAGAUCUCGGCCUGCAGGUGUUUUUCCGUGUGGUUCAGGACAAAUUGCAGGAGAAUGUGGUUCUGUCUCCUCACGGCGUGGCCUCUGUCCUGGGCAUGCUGCUCCCCGGGGCCCAAGGGGACACUCGCCACCAGCUACUCACAGGGCUCAAAUACAAGAAGACAGGUCCAUAUAAGAUGUUGCGGAAGUUGCAUAAGUCCUUGACGACUAAAUCCAAUGCUGAUAUUGUGACGAUUGCCAAUGCGCUGUUCCCCAACGAGGGCUUCAGCAUGAAGGAAGACUUCCUGACAGCCAACAGGGAGAACUUCAUGUGUGAGAGUCAAACCAUUGACUACAGUGACCCGGAGAAGGCUGCAGAAACCAUCAACGAAUGGGUGAAGAACAGCACCAAAGGCCAAAUUCCCAGUCUUGUCAAGGCAGAUAUGUUUGAUCCGGCUUUGACUCGGUUGGUGGCUGUAAAUUCCAUUUACUUCAAAGGCCUCUGGAAGUCCCGCUUCCAAGCCCAGAACACCAAACCCAGAAGCUUCACUGCAGGAGACGGAAAGACAUACAAAGUUCCCAUGAUGUCCCAACUCUCUGUCUUUAGCAUAGGUCAAGCAAGCACUCCAGAAGGUUUGAGGUAUACAGUGAUUGAGUUGCCAUAUCACAGCAAUAGCAUGAGCAUGUUUAUUGUGUUGCCGUCAGAGGAGGCCACGCCCCUGUCAGCCAUCCUGCCACACAUCUCCACAGCAACCGUCCAAAGCUGGACCAAACUGCUGGUCCCGAGGAGGAUGCGCCUCCAGAUGCCAAAAUUCACAGCAGAGGAAGAGGUGGAUCUGGAGGGUCCUCUCACAGCGAUGGGAAUCAAAGACAUCUUCAGUAAGACCAAUGCUGAUUUCAGAAACCUGAGUUCAGAGUCUGUCUAUGUGUCCAAAGCACUUCAGAAAUCCAAGAUCGAGGUCAAUGAGGAUGGAACCAAAGCCUCUGCUGCCACCACUGCAGUCUUGCACGCCCGAUCUUCUCCUCCGUGGGUGACUGUGGACAGACCGUUCCUGUUUCUCAUCAGACACAAACCCACAGGAACUAUUUUGUUUGCUGGCCAGAUCAACAAACCUUGAGCCAGCGAGGAGAUUUGUUCAGCUGUCCACACACAGACUGAUAAAUAUAUUAAACUUUUGUCUUGGACUGUCUAUUUCUCAAGUGUCUUUUUACCCUCAUUUUGACUUUGACUUUAUUAUCUUUUUAUUCUUGAGUUCCUUUUAUUUUAUAAGAAUAAAUAGGACUUUAUAAGAUUUUAUACAUGGUUUGUAAUUUGUCUAAAGUCAAUCUUUCUCACAAAAUAUGUGCAGCUUAAAUGCUGAGAUAACUUUUGUUGAACUUUUUGUCUUUAAUAAAAUGUCAGUUUAUUUGUCACAAUAAUGAUGUAUUUUCCUGCAUCGAAUCUUAUUUUAUUAAAUAAGGUGCUUAAACUGGUUCACUUUUCGAACUCUUAACAAAACAUUUGUUGUUUAUUUAAUAAAAUAUAAUCAAGUUA